CUUGCUUAUGGAAAGCUAUAAACUUCUUAUUUUUUGGGCACAUUCAUAUAUCGUUUUUAGUAUUACAGAUAUUCUUGAAUUUGUUCAUAAUGUUUUAUUGUCUGAAAGUACAAAGGUUUUUCUAGUUCUGAGGUCUAAAUGAGUUUGAUGAAUCUGUUUUUGCCAGAAUAGCCCGAUAUUUGUGCGAGUGUUGAUGAGUCAGCACUGGAGUGAGAGUGGGUCAGAGAGCGAAGAGUUGAAUUUGAAGGACUUUGAAGGGUUGUUGGCAAAGCUGCCUAAGUAGUUGUCUUCCUCUUCUUGAAACUUGGAUCUCCAUCUGGGAAAUUAAUAUUUUUCUAUCUAUUAUUACAGCAAUAUCUUUUGUCCCCAUACACAGAUUCCAUUCAAGAACUCAGUUUGUUCACAGAGCUAAUGGUAUUUACAUCUAUUUUUUCCUUAUAUACUAGGAAAGACUAGAGUGGCACAAAGCUGUACUCUUUAACGGUUACUUCUCUUUCUCUCUUUCUUCCAAAUUGCCCCUUUUUCUUCUUAGUCUUGGGGGUAUUCGAAAAUCACUCCAUUUCUCUCUCUCUCUCUCUCUCUUAAGCCUGGCCUAUUUCCAUUUGGUAAGGAAUUAGAUUGAUCUGAAUUUUCGUGUUGUUGAUGUUGAUGGGUGUUCUAGUUUAUUCUUUAUUGUUCUUUAUUGAAUGGUUACUAUUGAUUUGGGAUAUGGGUGUGCUGGCAUUUUAAAUUUAUAGUGAAUUCAUGGUGGUCGUGUACUCUGCUUAUGGCCUUGACUUCUGGGACAUGGGAAUGCAAUCCCAUUGGCUCUCUUGUCGUGAGAAGGGGUUACUGAUGAGUGUAUUAGAUCUGGUUCAGUGUUGGGAAUCGUUGGUUGUUUAAUUUAUGUGAUCUGGGUUUUUAUAUCUGUCACAGGUUAGUCCUAGAUUGGGGAUUUGAUUCAUUGGUGUAAAGAUGAAUGGAGCUGUGCUAGUGGCUGUAGCUGCUGCAAUUGGUAACUUUUUGCAAGGAUGGGAUAAUGCUACAAUUGCUGGGGCUAUUGUUUACAUAACGGACGACCUUGAUUUGCAAACUACCGUAGAAGGGCUUGUGGUGGCUAUGUCGCUUAUUGGAGCCACAGUUAUUACAACAUUCUCAGGACCCGUAUCUGAUUGGCUUGGUCGGCGUCCAAUGCUUAUAAUCUCAUCAGUGCUAUACUUUAUAAGUGGUUUGGUAAUGUUGUGGUCACCCAACGUCUAUGUCCUAUUACUUGCAAGGCUUUUAGAUGGAUUUGGAAUUGGUCUUGCAGUUACUCUUGCCCCGGUGUAUAUAUCUGAGACUGCCCCACCAGAGAUAAGGGGUCGGUUAAAUACUCUUCCACAAUUCACAGGUUCAGGUGGUAUGUUUUUAUCAUAUUGUAUGGUUUUUGGGAUGUCACUGACGACCUCACCCAGCUGGAGGAUGAUGCUUGGAAUUCUUUCCAUUCCCUCUUUCCUAUAUUUUGUACUAGCAGUAUUUUACUUGCCUGAAUCUCCUCGGUGGCUUGUGAGUAAAGGAAAGAUGACUCAGGCAGAAAAGGUUCUCCAGAGAUUGCGUGGCAGAGAAGAUGUUUCAGGUGAGAUGGCUUUGCUGGUUGAAGGUCUUGGACUUGGGGGCGAAACAUCUAUAGAAGAAUACAUAAUAGGCCCUGCUGAUGAACUUGCUGAUGGUCAGGAGCCAACUGCUGAUAAAGACACAGUCAGAUUAUACGGACCUGAAGAAGGCCUCCAAUGGGAUGCCAAACCUGUCACUGGACUGAGUUCACUUGGCCUUGCCUCCCGCCAGGGAAGCAUGGUGAACCAAAGUAUGCCACUCAUGGACCCUCUUGUGACUCUGUUUGGUAGUGUCCAUGAAAACCUCCCUGAGUCAGGAAGUACGCGUAGCAUGCUUUUUCCUAAUUUUGGCAGCAUGUUCAGCACCGCAGAGCCACCGGUUAAAACUGAUCGAUGGGAUGAAGAGAGCCAGCAUAGAGAAGGUGAGGAGUACAUGUCAGAGGCUGGUGGGGAAGACUCUGAUGACAAUCUACAUAGUCCGUUGAUCUCUCGUCAAACAACCAGCUUGGAAAAGGACAUGGUCGCCCCUACUUCCCAUGGCAGUGUACUGAGCAUGAGGCACCACAGCAGUCUCAUGCAAGGAACAGGGGAAACAGUUAGUAGUACAGGUAUUGGUGGUGGCUGGCAGUUGGCAUGGCAAUGGACUGAGAGAGAAGGUGAGGAUGGAAAGAAGGAAGGAGGAUUUAAAAGGAUUUAUUUGCAUCAGGAGGGAGGUCCUGGAACCCGACGCGGGUCCCUAGUUUCACUUCCUGGCGGAGAUGUUCCAGCGGAAGGCGAGUAUAUCCAGGCUGCUGCUCUAGUAAGCCAGCCUGCUCUUUAUACCAAGGAGCUUAUGGAGCAGCAUCCAGUUGGACCAGCAAUGGUCCACCCAGCUGAAACUGCUUCAAAAGGACCAAUUUGGGCUGCUCUUCGUCAACCAGGGGUUAAGCGUGCAUUGUUUGUCGGAAUUGGAAUUCAGUUACUUCAGCAGUUUUCUGGAAUAAAUGGGGUUCUCUACUACACUCCUCAAAUUCUAGAAGAUGCAGGUGUCGAAGUACUUCUUGCAGACUUGGGCCUUACUUCAGAGUCUGCAUCGUUCCUUAUUAGUGCAUUCACAACCUUGUUGAUGCUUCCUUGUAUUAUUUUAGGCAUGAGGCUCAUGGAUUCUGCUGGCAGAAGGAAGCUAUUACUCACUACAAUUCCAGUGCUGGUAGUGUCGCUCAUCAUUCUAGUAUUUUCCCAACUUGUCACAAUAAGCACUGUUGUUAAUGCAGCACUCUCCACCGCUUGUGUUGUGAUCUAUUUCUGCGUCUUUGUCACGGCCUAUGGGCCAAUUCCUAAUAUACUCUGCUCUGAGAUCUUCCCUACAAGAGUUCGAGGCCUCUGCAUUGCUAUUUGUGCCCUGGUGUACUGGAUUUCAGACAUCAUAGUCACUUACACAUUGCCAGUACUGCUUGAAGUAAUUGGCCUUGGUGGUAUCUUUGGCAUUUACGCUGUUGUGUGUGUCAUCUCCUGGAUAUUCAUCUAUUUAAAGGUUCCAGAAACAAAAGGCAUGCCCCUCGAGGUCAUUACUGAGAUGUUUGCUGUUGGUGCUAGCCAAGCUGCUGCUGCGAAGAGCAAGUGAUUGAAUUCUUUCAACAGAUUUAGCCACUUUUUGGCUGUAUCAGCUGCUGAAGAUGUCAUCAAUCUUCCGUUUGGAAAUUUUUGCUUCUUGUGGUUGCAUUAUGAAUGAAAAUAUUCUUCUAAUUCAAACUCGUUGAAAAAAUUUUGCCUUAUAGCAUGAUUAUUUAUUGGAGACUUCUAAUAAAGAGCAUAGCUGAUAUAGUUUGAUGUC